AAUAAGAAAAGAAAAUGGGUUAUUUCUCCAUCAGAAGCAACUCCGUGGCCGCGGUAGCGGCGGCAGUGUUCGUUGUUGCAGUUGUACAGCUGCAGACGGCGGCGUUUGCGAAAGAUCAGCGGGAGUUUGACUACUUUGUGCUGGCUCUACAAUGGCCAGGCAGUGCCUGCAAAAACAUAAGUUAUUGCUGCCAAGACAACGGUUGCUGCCGUGGAUCUCAGACUCCCACUCAAUUUACAAUUCAUGGGCUGUGGCCUCAGUAUGAAGUCAAAGGAUGGCCUUCAUGUUGCACUGAUGAAAGCUUUAAUGAAAAUGAGAUUUUUGUGUUGAGGAAGAUUCUUCCGGAGAUUUGGCCAAGUUAUCGAUGUGGUUCUGUAACAUCCUGCAAUAAUAAAAAAGGAUCAUUUUGGGCUGAAGAGUAUGAGAAGCAUGGAACCUGCGCAGCUCCUGUAAUCGAGGGCCAAUAUAAUUACUUUUCCACAGCCAUCGGCCUUUUCAACACGCACAACGUCACUAAAGCUCUGGAGAAUGCUGGAAUUGUAGCUUCUGAUACUGUAAAGUAUCCUUUAAAUGAUGUCAUGGCUGCAGUUGAGUUUGCUUUUGGAGGAACUCCAAAGAUUAUGUGUGGUAAAAAGGGAAUUAUCAAGGAGCUCUACCUAUGCUUUGACAAAAAAUUUAAGCCACGUAAUUGUGACGAGACAAAAUCGUGCCCUAAAAAAGUUAAGCUCCCAACAAUUGAGCAAUUGGAGUCUUACAUGGGUGAGGGAGCAAUUCCAAGGAUGGCUGAAAUUGCUGAAGCAGUUAUCUAAACUUGUGUUUGGGCCAAGAAGUUAUUGAAAAUCCUUUCAAUUUCUUGCUAAUGAUCUCAGUUUUCACCAUGAAAUUUUGGAACUUUCAUUUGGUUGAAAGGCCCCAUUAUGUGGACUUGCUUUUCUAAGUAAAAAGAGUCGUGGAUGAUAAAUAAAAUGAUCAUUUGGAAUUGGAUGUGUUUUUAA